GAUGAACGGAAGUAUUUGACAGGAAGAGACUGUACAAUUGUCUCCAGUAGCACUUGAUGGUGAUAACAUCAUAAUGGAAACUAAUGAUGUUAUAACUUUUCAUCAGUGUACAAUAUGUGAUGAGAUUUUUCAACAACUUGAUGAUUUAGAAAAACACACAAAAAUACAUGUUAAAAAAGAGAAAACUGAUGAUGUAGAUGAAUAUUGUCAUGUUAAAGAAGAGAAAACUGAUGAUGUAGAUGAAUAUUGUCAUGUUAAAGAAGAGAAAACUGAUGAUGUAGAUGGAUAUUGCCAUGUUAAAGAAGAGAAAACUGAUGAUGUAGAUGAAUACUGUCAUUUUAAAGAAGAGAAAACUGAUGAUGUAGAUGAAUACUGUCAUGUUAAAGAAGAGAAAACUGAUGAUGUAGAUGGAUAUUGUCAUGUUAAAGAAGAGAAAACUGAUGAUAGGGAAACUGUUUAUCAGUGUAAUUUGUGUGAUGAAGAAUUUAAGUCAGAAACAGAUUUAGAAAAACACUGUGAAAUACAUGUUAGUCAGCAAGGGCAAACCAGAGGAAAACCUUAUAAAUGUGAUGUUUGUAGUAAAUCAUUUACUAGAAUUAGUCAUCUACAGGAACACAUAAGAAUUCAUACUGGUGAAACGCCUUAUAAAUGUGAUGUUUGUAGUAAAUCAUAUACUAACAGCAGUAAUCUACAGAGACAUAUGAUAAUUCAUACCGGUGAAAAACUUUUUAAAUGUGAUGUUUGUAGUAAAUCAUUCACCUAUAGCCAACAUUUGAAGGAACACCUCAGAAUUCACACUGGAGAAAAGACUCAUAAAUGUGAUGUUUGUAGUAAAUCAUUUAGCCAGAGUAGUACUCUACAAUCACACAUGAGAACUCAUUCCAGAGAAAGGCCUUAUAAAUGUGAUGUUUGCAAUAAAUCAUUCACCACAAGUAGUAAUCUGCAAAGCCACAUGAGAAUUCAUACAGGAGGAAAACCUUAUAAAUGUGAUGUUUGUGAUAAAUCAUUCAAAAAGAAGCAUCUCCUGCAGAUACACUCAAAAAUUCAUACUGGCGAGAAACCAUUUAAAUGUGAUGUUUGUAGUAAAUCAUUCAACACUAAAAGUAAUCUACAGAGACACUUGAGAAUUCAUGAUGGUGAAAAGCCUUAUAAAUGUGAUGUUUGUAUGAAAUCAUUCACAGAGAAUCAUCACCUGCAGAAACAUUUGAGAAUUCACACUGUAAAAACUAAAACAAAAUCAAAAAGUUAGUAUUUGUGGUAUAAGUUAUUGUAGUAGUUUAUGGUACAAGAUUAUAUGAUACAUGUUGUAAACAUCUGUAGUUAAUAUGGUAGCAUAUUAUAUGAUACAUACUGUAGACAUGUGAUACAAUGAUAUUUUUGUAUGCUAUAUUCAUCUGUAGUUAAAGUGAGAAUUUCAAAUUUUCUAAGAAAGUCAAAACAUAAUUAUUUCUAUGUCUUUUGCUCAAUAGGUUAUCAACUCACUAUUAUACGAUCAUGGGUAUUAUUUCCCACCAUUAAAAAUCUAUGACACAGGAAAUAACAACACAAUUACCUCCCCUGUUUUGCUAUUGACAACAUGGGGCAGCCAUUUUCCAACGUUGGAAUUUGAAGUUAAAAAUGAUAUUUUUGCCAAUUUCUCAGCUGGCAAUAGCAAAUUAUAGGAUUAAUAGGAUUAUUCUUUAACAAGGUAGGACUGUUUAUGAAUACCAUCUAUUUUAAGGCUUUAUUUUAAUACAUUUUAAAAAUAUAACUUGAAAAUUUGAAAUUGCAACUUUAAUAUGGUACAAGAUUAUUUGAUACAUGCUGUAGCCAUCUGUGUAGUAAUUCAGGCAAAUUACUGUAGUAAUUAUCCAAUAAAAACAUUGAGUGCGA